AGAUUCAGCUCGCUGGGGCGUGUUGAAGAUCCGCACGAGUUGGCGAAUGGCGAGGUUCACUUCACGAACUCGACCAGAGAAUCCAUGCAGUUUAAGAACGCGGAAGAGAAUGAGAAGGAGACGAGAACGCAGGAAAACAGGUGACGAGUUUCUCGUUUAAUCAUUUAUCACGCCUGCAUAGACCUAUAUAGACAUAAUUACCUUAGACAUACUGUAUUUAUGGCCGUGUUUAUACACAACUGGCAAGAGCUUAUAAUCAGAUACCGUCACGAACAAGAGCUUAUGUGGUGACAUUCGGUCACCGUUUUUUCGGAGAUGUAUUUAUUCGACCACCGCGGCUAAACCGCAAUCUAAACAAAGCUUUACCGUUAUUAAAUCGCAAUCGAACCGCAAUUAAACUACGACCACAUGCAAUUAUCGUGUCUAGUGCGAUAAUAUGGGCUUAUUUGAAAAACCUACUAACAAUUGCCAAGUCGAACUAUAGCGUUGUGUACAUGUACAUAUACAUUGCAUGUGUUCAAUGUAAUCGUAAUGAGUAAUAAAUAUAAUUUUUUUCUUGAACUUUAGGCAAGAGUUAAAGCCAUCCAUCGAUACAGCGCAGCGUACUAAACAUCCACCUAUAAAACUAAACAGACCUAUCCCUGGACUAGCUGUCGAUCUUCGCCCAGCAAGAAAAGCAGGAUCAUACGAACAUUCAGGUACACGAAGGGAUCUCCUUAGUCCUACCUCAAGUACACACACACAUUCACCUGAUUCGUUAUCUCCACGUUCGCCGUUAUCCCCUGUUAGCUCAGAUCACCUUGACAACACAAGUAGGUGACGUAUACUACAGUAGAUUGGUAAAGUGUUGAGUGCACUGAACUCAAUAUGACCUGGACCUCUAGCCGUUCAAAGAAAUUGCCCCAUGAAUAAUUGAGAAGUGUCGAUGGGACAUGGUGCUCUCUGAUAAUCUUGACAGCAGUAGCAUAGUGUCUUAAUGUGUGAAACUGCACUAAAUCAAAAUGACCUGGACUGCUACCCUCCAAAGACACUGCUCUGUGAAGUUAGCCCUUAGCCUCUCACGACAUGGAUAGAUCAUGCAGAGGAAUUUUUGAAAUUUAUAAUCUACGACCACUAACAUUCUGAAUAUAAUUCAGGAUUUAAUUCUGUGCAAUUUUCUUACCGAACGGAAUUUAUUCGAAUGCCUAACAGAGUAAUUUAAAGAUAAAAAUGCACAACUUGUAACAAACCUGCAACGACUUGUUGACACCUUGCUACAAGGUUGACUCGAUAGACUUGUUACAAGUUGUUCCACGAAGUUCAACAACUUGUUAUCGUCUUGCAAUUCAACAAUUUGUUUUUAACAAGUUGUGAGCGACAAUCUUGUAACACUGAAUUUGACAAAGUAACAACAUUGUAACAAGUUGCUGACAAGCUUGCUACAAGCCUGUUGCGAACACAUCUUAUUGACAAGUUGUGAGAUUUUUACCUGCAUGUGUGUGUCAAUCGCUACUGGCCUUACAUUUACUGUAUUUACAAUACAAUUGUCGAACAGUCAAAGUUCUCCGAAGCUACAGUUUAACCCAAGUCUACCAACCAUGCUACUACAUUCGACAAGCUAAAAACGACCACAGUAUAUAUAUUAAAGAUUCUUCUUACAAAAGUCCAUUGACACUUGUUUAAUUAAAAAAUAACAUUUAAGUUUAAUUGAUUGAUUAAUAGAAGCCUAAUUUUAGUCUCUUCGCAAUGUUUGAAGUAUAAAGUAGCUUUUGUAUUUUAUAGCUAAUCGUGAAAUUCACAUUAAUUCAAUAAUUUUAUGAUCAAUAUAUCCUGAACAAUUCUGUCUUUCUACAACCUACCCUUGACGGCCCAUUUCCACUCAACAAAAUUUUCCACGAACAGAAAAUUUUCCGAAAAUAUCAUUGUAUUUCCAACGCAAAAUUUGUGUCGGAAAAUUUGUGAAAAUCACAUUAAACAUAUUUUUCUUUCCGCGGAAAAGUUUCUUGAGUGGAAAUAUGGGCCUUUAGGGAAGUUUAGAUUUCAAUUCAUAGUACUCUAUAAACCUUCCAUAUGAGAAACACUCCCGUGAUAUAUCACAUCCAUAGAUAUCUUAUAUACACUAGAUAGUGCAUCUAAUUAUUCUGAAAUUCAAAAAUUGAAGCCGUGAUUGCAGACUCAAGAUAUUCCCAUGAAAUGAGAAGACUCGUAUGUUUUCUAUUUCUUAAACAGGGAACUUAAACAUUAAGUUAAACCUAUUCCAAAUAUAUUUUCAAACUAUUCAAAUGAUGAAAGUUAUUGUUGUUUUUUAAGCGUUUAUUAGCGAGUGGGAAACUCCAACAUGGCCGCCAUCUGUUCAAAUGGGGGUAACCGCUGGAAUAUUCUUGGCUUCAAUUUUACUAAAAGAGAUGCGCUAUAUAGUGUAUAUAAGAUAUCUAUGAUCAUAUCACGCAAAACUCCACUCAUGCAAUAUAAGAGAUCAACAGCCAAUAGGUUUACUCUCCUUCCACCAAUCAUACGGAUAAUGGAAUUUCUGCAUUUCUAAGCCACGAUGAGGCACAGGCAUUCCAGGAAUAUUCGCAAACUUCAUGGCGGGCAGAGGUUUCCGAAUAAGUUCUGCCGGGAACGCAUGCAUCUUCUUGUAAUUAAUGAAGAAUAGAUACGCCUCCCACCCAACUCUUUCCAUGUAACCAUUGUUAGCGAAGGUGUCAAAAAUCAUAAGAUCUGCACGAGCAUUGCCGGAUGUAACGCGAUAAAACCCACCCCAUGAUGAGUAAUGUAUAUGCAUCCCCUUACUGGCUAGAAUCAGUUUUAAUUUACCCCGAGGUAAAUGUUCUAAAUCGCCGCGUAAAACUCCCAAAUCCAAAUCUGUGUCCCAUGGAAGUGGUGCUUUAUAUCGUAACGCUCCCCAUAAGCUGCAAGAAAGAAUAUUUAGACUGUUUUAACAUUUAUCUCAUAAACAAAAUUUAAAUCACUCUUUCAUAUGUGCAUUGUAAAUAGAACAUCGACUGUGAUAUUCGUUUUGCAGAUAUU